AUGACUGGAGGGCGGCCGGACCAGCGAGAGAGCAAGAACAGCUUGGGUUCUGCCUGCCACGGCGACAGCACAUCGAUCCUUCCGUUUGCGUCCAAGAGCUGUUUUUCCACCGAGCUCUCCUUGCAUGGCUGGGCAGACAUGCAGCCAAUCAGCAGGAGCGCCUACGGGCACAAGCGCAACGCCGUUUCGAAGCAGCUGGUGGUUGAAACCGAAGGCAGCCAGCCGUUUAUUAAGAGCGCAGGCUUGGCCCCUGAUCGUCCGAGGAGCAGGCAGCGCUGUCUGUACGUCGUACAUGGACCACAUUCCGCCCUGCCCGAGCCCACCAAUCUCCUCCCCCCACAGCUCAGCAGCCUGACCUUGUACGGAGUCGGCCAGCCGUGCUAG